UCGCUCUCUCUUCACACACACCACCCCCGUUUAUGGUACCGCGAUAACAAGUUGCCGGGAGUGAAAAGCGUUGGGUUUGUUUCAUGGCGGUAAUGAGGAGGACGUUGAGAUUGAAAAGCCGCUCCUAACUGCGGCAGGGUCAUAAUAAAGGUAGUUUCAGCACCUAAAUUCGCAGUUCGCAGAAAUCUCGCUCUAAGCGGUUUUACAGAGUCAGCACAUUGCCCCCAACAAUUUGGAUCUUCAUUUUGGAAGGAUGGGAGGCCGAGUCAAGCUUGAGCCUGAGAAUUGAAAUUAUUAAUAUGAUCAAAUAUGGCAUCUUAUUUGGCACAAGAAAUUCAGCUUGCUAAGCAGCAUGAAAAAAUACUCUCUCAGAGAUUGGUGUUGCUUCAGCAGAUGGAGAGUCAUCUAAGAGACAAAGACGCUGAGCAGGCAUGGCACACGCAAGAAGCUGAUGCAGCUCAUAAAAGAAAUGUAUCACUUUUAAAUUUACUAAAAAGGAAAAUGAACUGGGGAUGUCAUUUCUGGAAGCAUCCGUCUUUUCAAAAGAUUCUCUGUAUGUUGCAGGAUAUUGAGGCAGCAGCGAAAAAUCUACAAUCCAGAAAGCAUUUGCUUCUCCACCCUGAAAUUGUUAACCUUGAAACUCUUUACUGGGCCAACGUAGAAGAAUCCAUCCCUAAGUGGGAGCCAUUUUUUUUAGGAAGAACACAAGCCCCAAUUGGUUUUAAAAAAAAAUCACAUCAACAGUUCAGCACAUAAGAUCAGUACCAAGAUAAAUGGGAAACAAAAACAGAACCAUGUCCAUGGGGGAAUUUAUUCAAGCUUCAGAUUGGUGGAUUGUUAAAUAAUUCUUUUAAAUAUUUGUUGGGUGAGAUACUCAAUUCUAAAUCUGCAUUGAAGAGUUCCUCCCUAAAGGCCUGUUAGCUACAUGGAAGUGAUUUUGAGCUCAAAUAUGAACAACACAGUGCAGGAUGUACACUCCGCUGUUCAGUUACUCAGUUAAGAUGAGAAAUAAUGUAAUCUGUUACUUGUCCUUCACUUUUGCUAUGGAGAUAGGCCUUUUUCCCAAUAAAAGUAUAGAAAGUGCUAACUUG